AGGAGCUUCUUGGGCAAGCAGUGGGCGGUCAGCAACCUUGAACUACUUCCUGUCUGGGUCUCUGACCCAAUGCUUUGUGUUUCGCUCCUGUUCUGAAUCCCUAGAGUUCUCUGCUCCUCUGUCUCUUCAAGGAAAGAAGUCCAGCACUUAGUCGAAUACCCAAUGGGAGUGAGACAAGUCAAAUUCCGCCUUUCAGGGCCGAGGGGGUUGAGGAUUCCUUCCUCAGUCCAGGGAAGGAAGGGCUUUGCCUGAGUUCACACAGCUGCCCUCCCUCCUCCCUACCCCCCACUGCCCCCACCUCUGACUCUCAGGCUAGCAUGGACACAGGCCAGUAGACAUCCUCCCUACUUGACUUCCUCAUAGACUGAGUUCACCAGGGAGGCUAAGUGCUCCUUCCCGGCCUCUUCACCUUAGCCUCCUCAAAUUCAUAGGUCCAUGAGAGCCAGCUAGGGACACCACCCCCCCGGGGGGGGGGCGGGGGGCACUGCCUCACCUGUACCAGGGGUUGUUGACAAGGCUUCGGAGCGCUGUGGAAAAGGGUGCAGCCUGCCCAUGCACAGUCAGUCCUGGGUUCUCCAUAGGAGGGAUGAGCAGCAGGGCAAAGGGUGGAAUGGCCUAGGAGGCCCAACCAGGCCAAGAGCUAGUGAGGGGAGAGGCCUGAGAGGGAGGGCAGGAGCUGUGCAGGCCUGUUUGUGGAGGAGCUGAAGGUCAAGGAGAAAAAAGGCCCAGGCCCCUAAAGAAGGCCUGAGGUUCAGGGAAGGGUUGCAGGUACAGAGAGGGCCCAAAGAAGCUGAGGCUAGAAAGGCCUAUAAUCCCGGAGAAGCUGGUGGUAGAUGAGGCCCAGGUUGGGAGCCUGCCCGGGCAGCGGCUGGGUUGGAAGCCUGUGAGUUUCCAUGGAAACUGGAGCUGAGCCUGAGGAGGCCCCGCCCAUCUCCCUAUCCGCCCAGAAAAAUAUUUCAGAAGAGCCCUAAGAAGACUUCGAGGGUCCUAGUGCCGGCUCCUGCCUACACUGGGUUCAGAAUUCAAGACUUCAGCCUUCCCAGUCCCUUCCCUACGGGUUCAGUUUAAAACCGGGAUAGCCAGGCCUGAAACAUCACCUCAUCAGGAAAAUUCUCACCCCUAAGUGUGGUUUUCAGAGCUCAGACUUAGUUUGCCUGGGAGGGGGCAGCCCCAUGCCUCCCAGAGUGGGAGAGUUGAGUUCUGACAGAAGUAAUAGAGCCUCUGGCAUCCCUGGGAAGCAACCAUCCCUAGGGAGAGAGGCAUUAUAUUCUAGAUACUGGGGCAUGAAGGAGGUGUGGCCAGCUGCGGACAAGUCCCAGGGCACCUGAGUGGGUCAGCAAAGGUCAAGAGACUGGAUUUAGAUUCACCACUGACUCAUGGCUAUGUUAGGCCUGGGUCUUUCCCGCUGAGCCAAAAGGGCCUCCCCUCCUCAGCACACAGCUCUGAAGUAAGGAAGUCAUCCAAGCCCCACCCUAGCUGUGCCCUGAAGCGGAAAUGUUUGUCCUUGUUGAGGCUGAUGGGAAAAUGUAAAACUAUGACGUACUCUUUCCUGUGAGCCCAGAUACUAGAUUCCUAAGAAGCCGCCCCCAUAGUCUCAAGGUUUUAGCAUAUCCCAGGCCCCUGUGGCUUGUUCACAAAUGGCCAGGCCAGAUGACUGGCCACCUCAUAAAAAAUAGUGGCUCAAAAGCAAGCACGCUUCUGAUGAGCACACCCACCCCCUCAUCUGCAAUACUCUAGAACUCCAAGCCCCUGUGGAUGCCACCCCCCCCCAUAAGUCAGGGCACUCUCUCUCCCCCCAGCAGGUGCCCAUAGCAUUAACACUUAGGUUAUUCCAGAGUUUGGCUGGAGGGAGGCGUUCUGGGAAGGAGGGGCAUGCUUGCUACAGCAGCCCCAUGGUAACUGCACAACACAAGUCUUCCCUGCCCACAGGCCCGUCAGGGCAGCUCAGUAAAGACUCUGAGGCCAGCAGAGCUUGGAGGCCAAAGGCUGCAGGUGAGUCAGGUGCCUGAGGGAGUUUCGGGGGACGAGGGCAUCCAUCCCACAGAUGAUUCUGCUGGAAGGAGAGACCUAAGGACGAGGAUGGAAGUUACCUCACUCGUCACCUGCCUCCAGAUGCGGGAGGUCAAGAGAAGUCACACCCUACUUAGAGCAGGGAAGACGAUUAAAUUCUGUACUUCUGAGGCUAGAGAGAUCUAUGGGAGUGACGGAGUCGGGUCUGUCCCUUCUGGGUAUGGACUGAGGAAACCCAGAAACCAGCUUCUUGUUGCCAUUCUGCUGGUGAAAUCAAGCGGGAGGGGGAAAAGGAAGUGGACUUACUGCUCACCCAGUCAGCCUCCAAAGUGACCAAGGGAAAAGAACUCUGGGCAGAGGUUCCAUGAUCAUUAUCUAAGCAACGCCUUCCCUUGAUUAUAUCUCUAACAGCUCUUAACCUUCUUCUCUAAGCAGCCCACGCACCCCCAAUUGAUCUACUAGUUCCAAAGACACAGGUAAGAAAGGGAUAUGGAGGAGCUAGACAUGGUGAUAUAUGCCUAUAGUCUACGAGGGAGGCACUGAGUGUGGUCACACAUCCUGCAAUCCCAUCACUCAGGAGUUGGAGGCAGGGGGAUGGAGUUCAAGGCCGGCCUCAGCUACACAAGUUGGAGGCCAUGUGAGACAUUGUCUCAAACACACACACAAAUCUUAACUUCGCUGAGCAAGAGGCUAGGUGUAGGGAGCUCUCUGCCAGGGAGGGUCACUCCUAAGUGUGGAUCUUCCAGCAGGCAAGUCCAUGGCUGGCAGGACUUUGCCAUCUGGACGCCAGGAAGAGGAGACUACCAAAGACCUGGCUCUGAAAUUACCACCAGGGAAGUCUGGAGGUCACCUGCCCAGCGUUAAUGAGACCCGACCUACAGGCCCAGGCCCAGCCUCCCGUCGUGGCUCCCUGCUGAGCGUACACCCAUCCUUUUCCCGCCGCAACUCACUGGCAGGACCCCUAGUAGGUCCUGGAGGUCGACGACUAUCCCUGGGCCCAAUGCCCCCUUUAGGUGCACGAGUUAGCUUUUCUGGGCUACCCCUGAUGCCUGCCCGUCGCAUGGCACCCUCCUACCGCACAGAACCGGCACCGGGGGAGCGCUGGGAAGCAGCAAGCGCUCAGCGGGCCCUGGAGGCAGCGCUGGAAGCCGAGCUGAGCAACGUGUGCUACUCGGGUACCGAGGCGGGGAAACUGGCGCAGGCUCUGUGUGAACAGAUACGCAUUCGUGUGCGGGAGCUCAGCCUACCCCGCUACAAACUGGUGUGCAGCGUGGUGCUGGGGCCACGCGAGAGGCAGGGUGUGCACGUGGUCAGCCGUGCACUCUGGGAUGCGGUGCACGAUGGACUGGCCUCUGCCACCUUCACCAACACUUCGCUGUUUGCCGUGGCGACUGUCCACGCGGUCUACUGGGAAUGAUAAGGCCUUCAAGUUCUUAAAAACGGUUUAUUAUCCCAGGAGGAGGCCCCCCUGGGGCUCACAUCCCAAUAAAUAAAUGUCUGUUAAUAAA